UGGAGCAACAACUGACUAGAGAACAAGACGGAAAGUUCUGGAGCUACAACUCUAACAGACUGAAACAUUUACUGAGCACCGCAAGAGGAAAGAAGAAUAUUCAACCAUUUAAAGACCAUGAAGAACUACUUUCAACACAGUGAGACUGAUGUAAACUGUGACUGAAACCAUAUGGAUUGAUCCUUUUUUUCCCCCUUUGGCUUUUUUUCCCACUGUUUUAGUGAGUUUCACUCUGCAGCAGAGGUUCAGAGAUACAGGAAAAGGUGCAUUUGAGUCACAGACGUAGUGAAGCUGUUGCUGCAGAAGCAUUAGUUUCGGUGCUGAGUUGUUGACAGAAGUGUUAGAAAUGUCAGGCAGAGUGCUUCCUGUCCUUCUCCUAUCUCUCUAUCUGACUGUGGGUUCAGUGCAGAGCCAGGGUUCACCCCAGGAUGCCUUUAUAAUCCAAUACAUGGAGAGGAGACUGGCUCAGAUGGAGGAGCGUCUGAAUCAGUGUGAGCAAAACACAGUGUCCAUCACCCAGAAGACCUAUGACCUGUCGUCUGAAAUCAGGGGCUACCUGUCCACUGUCGGUGUUCUACGAUCGGAGGUGAAGAGCCAGGUGGACAGCGUGUCUGUGCGAGUUGACCGGAUGGAGAGAGAGUUAGAAUAUCUCGAGAACAAGAUUCCCAAUCAGUCUGACAUUGAGAUGGAGGAGGCGCUGCUGGAACAACAGAUAAAGGCUGCAGAGCUGGACCUGCUUAAGAAGAAAGCCAAGAUCAAAGUGGAGAAAGACUGCAGCACAGCCCUGAGUCAAAUCAAGUCCCUCAAGAUUGUGAAGAAGACAGGAGACACCUCCGGUUCCUGGUUCAAGGACCCCUCUGAAGGAUCAGCUAAGGUCUACCUGCUCAGUGGAAUUCGUAACAACACUCUGCUGGAGUAUGUUUCUCUGCAAAGUUUCGCAGAGAGGACCCCCGCUCCGCCAGCUAAGGUGGUGCAGCUGCCUUUCCACUGGCAAGGGACAGGCCACGUGGUCUACAAUGGAUUCCUCUACUGCCACAAGGCAGACACGCCCAACCAGAUACUGAAGGUAGACCUGUUGAACGGCACAGUGGUGGACAGUACACUGCUACCAGGAGCAGGUCGUCUACCGGUCUACAGUCUGAACCCUAACACCUACCUGGACAUGGCUGUGGAUGAACUCGGCCUCUGGGUCAUCCAUGCUGACCCUGAGUACGGAGGAAACCUGGUCAUUACUAAACUGGAUAAAGCAACUUUGGCUGUUGAAUAUACCUGGGAUACACGGUGCAGAAGCCAUGAUGCUGAAGGAGCUUUCUUAAUAUGUGGGACUCUCUAUGUGGUCUACAACACACGCUACGGAGGACGCUCCACCAUACAGUGUCUCUACGACAUCCAUGACACCAUCCACAGUGAUGAGAGUCCUGUGAUGUUCUUCCCAAAGCGCUACACCAGCCACAGCAGCAUUCACUACCACCCCGGAGACAAACAGCUGUAUGCCUGGGACGACGGCUACCAGACAAUAUACAAAGUGGAGACGCACAGAAAUGACCAAGUCACUGCACAAUGAAAAGGAUGAUUUACAGUGUUCACCCUUUAAAAUCACUAAUCAUAAUCCAAAACUAUGCAAUAAAUAGCUCUCACAAAAGGAUCAGUUAAGAAAACUUAUUGAUGAAUAGCUUAUAAUCAACUGUUGUUCAGUAUAGUGAUCCUUUGCUGGCAAUGGAUUCUGUCUUUAUCACUUGAUGAUUGCUGACAUAGAAAUCAUGUCCAAACGAAGGCAUUUUUAUAUCAUGUAGGCUUUAUACUUUGUAUCACCGCAAUAAAGAACAUUUAAGUGUCAUA